AUGUCCGAGAAGGCCCAAAACCCCAUGCGCGAGCUUCGCAUCCAGAAGCUCGUGCUCAACAUCUCCGUCGGCGAGUCUGGUGACAGACUUACUCGUGCCGCCAAGGUGCUGGAGCAGCUCUCCGGUCAAACCCCGGUGUACAGCAAGGCCCGUUACACCGUCCGUACCUUCGGUAUCCGCCGUAACGAAAAGAUUGCCGUGCACGUCACCGUCCGUGGCCCCAAGGCCGAGGAGAUUCUCGAGCGUGGCCUCAAGGUCAAGGAGUACGAGCUCCGCAAGCGCAACUUCAGCGAGACCGGCAACUUCGGCUUCGGUAUCAGCGAGCACAUCGACCUGGGCAUCAAGUACGACCCAGGUAUCGGUAUCUACGGCAUGGACUUCUACUGCUGCAUGACUCGCCCCGGUGAGCGUGUCUCCCGCCGUCGUCGUGCCAAGGCCAGAAUCGGUGCCAGCCACCGCAUCAACCGUGACGACACCGUCCGGUGGUUCAAGCAGCGCUUCGACGCCAUCGUCCGCUAA